AUGGAGCUGAUAGGCACCAGCCAUACAUCGGUGGAAGAGGGUACGACCAUGAUGGUGAAUCAAUUGUUGAUCGGCACAACAACGCGUGAUUAUUUUGGUGCGAAAAUUGAGUGUCGAGCGCAAGGCACGAAGCUUAUAGCGCCAGUGGUGAAGGAUGUGACAGUGCAAGUGCAUUUGAAACCGGUGCGCGUGAAAAUCCUCACAGCUAAUGAUCUGCUGACAGCCGGUCAGCCUGUGCCUUUGCGCUGCGAUUCGUGGGGUUCAUAUCCAGCGGCGAAGAUAACAUGGUUGUUGGACGGUGAGCCGAUACGAAAUGCAGAAGUGACUGUACACAGUGAUAGAGAGAAAGCGAUACCCGCCAGAGUAGUUUGGGCUGCGGUUGGCAAAAGCGUAGAUUUGCUGUGCGAUUUAACGCCUCCAACGCCGCAGGACUCCGUGAAGCUGCUGUUGUGGUUCAAGGACUCCACCGGAAUACCACUAUACAGCUUGGAUUCACGCAGCGGAAAUAUCAAAUUAGCACCACAUUCGGCCAUAGCUAGCGAUCUGGGUCAGCGUUUGUUCUUCUCCAUUGGCGAUAAUCCGAAGGACUCACGCUUACAAAUACGCGAUGUGAAGCCAACAGAUGGCGGCAUUUAUCGCUGUAGAAUAGACUUUUUCAAUUCGCCAACACGAAACUUUAGAAUUAAUUUAACUUUAGUAGUUCCCCCAGAGGAGCCACGCAUUUUCGAUGCACAAGGCAAGGAGAUCGCUCAGAUGGCCGGUCCAUUUCGUGAGGGCUAUGAGCUUUUUUUAUGCUGUCAAGUCAAAGGAGGACUCGAAUACCACAACCAGCAUUCUCAAUUUGAAGGUAACAUCGGAGAACGAUAAUGCUGAACUGACGUGUCGUGCAUCGAAUCCUUGGUUCUCCGGUAGUGCCAUUGAGGACAAGCGCAUCAUUCGAGUGGCAUAUCCACCAACAGUGUCCGUGCAUUUAGCCAACGAGGAUCCCAGUCGUUUUGUGACCAAAUCUGAGGGAGAAAACGUGACCUUCAAGUGUCGCGCCGAUGCGAGGCCACCAGUAUCUUCGUAUGCUUGGUUCAAAAAUGGCAUGCGUAUGUCUGGUGAGAGUACAGAGAUAUUGCAUCUGACUCAGCUGCAGCGCGAGAGUGCGGGUGCGUAUGCGUGUGGUGCAGCCAAUACGGAGGGAGAAACGCGCAGCAACAGCUUGACGCUUAAAGUGCAAUAUUCGCCCCGAUGCCGGCCGGGUACCGAGCAAACAUCACUUGGUGCGCUCAAUAUACACUCAGUACAGGUAAAAUGUGAAGUGGAUGCGGAUCCCGCAGACUCAGUGAAAUUCAGUUGGACCUACAACAACACAAGAAAUGUGUCGCCGGUACUCAACUCCAGAAUCACUUCGAAUGGGCUGGUCAGCACCGUAACAUAUCUGCCACAAACUGACUCCGAGCUGAUAACGCUCGCCUGCUGGGCCAGCAACUCUGUGGGACGCCAAACAACGCCAUGUCUGGUGCACAUUCUACCAGCAAAUACACCGGAAGCCCCGAAGGCUUGUGAGCUGCGCAACGACACUGUCUUGGAGGUAGUUUGUGUGGCUGGCAAUGAUGGUGGGCUCACUCAAUAUUUCCUGCUAGAAGUGAUUGGUGGCGAUCCACUGUAUGCCAACGAUGCAGGGCGUAGUUUUGCCGACGCUAAUGUAGGCGACAAUGAGCUCUCCACAAUGAACGACCAGGCAACGUCAGCACCGGUACUGCGCAUGCAAGAACCACAACCACAAUUUCGCCUCAACAGCUUGGAGCCCGGCCGAGAAUACCAAUUUUUGGUGUAUGCCGUCAAUGCGAAGGGACGCAGUGAACCGCCAGUUGUAAUCGAGCGAGUGCGAGUAGCGGCACAAUUGGGGCCUUACGACGAGUCCAUACUCUCCGAGGAUCCCACACCAGCGGAAACUACACAUCAUUCAAGCGGUGGCUUAAGUGCCAGUGCGAGUGACAGCGGUGCGGGUGCCAGCAUCGUUGCACAUGGACAUGAUAAGCAACAGUCGACACUUCUCAUAUUGGCUGCCGUUGUGGCGAUAGGCGCCGUCAUUGUAACGUCAAUUAUCGUGGCGGGUAUUGUAGUUGUGUGUAGGCAUCGACCGCGGCCACCUGAACCGCAGGAUGUGCGCAAAAGUAUGCGACCCGCCCGCAGCGAUGUGCCGUCCAUGUACAUCGAGGAGGACGCGCUGAACGAUGAAGAGGUGCUAGCCGGCACACGCUCCGCCGAUAUACGUGCCGCGCGCGUACUUCCCUCCACGCUGGGACCACGCUGCAGUGCCAGCACAACGAGCAGCCAACAUCACUACAUCUCCGAGGGUUUCAUACAAUACGCACAGCCCAGUCUCAAUGACCCCGAUCUAAUUUUGCCACGCGGCGAAAUGGAAUUUACAACACUGGAUCCGGCGCUGAAAUAAACAACCUACCUGCAGAUGCUGUCGGAUAAACGCAAAAAUAAAAUAAUAACAGCAAAAUAGCUGCAACAAUGCAUUUUAAGGAAUUUUAGUUUUUUUUUUAUAUUUUAAGAUUUACGCUCGAAUUUUUUUAUAAAACCACAUAGCAUAAAAUUAGUUAAAUAAAUUUAAGUUUUAGUGAAAUUAAGAAACAAUGUGUAGAGUAAGAGGAAAGUAUUACAAAUAAAUAUUAAUAAAAUUAAGCUGCAGAAGAAAGGCGAAAAUAAAACUCACACAGAAACAGACUCGAAAAUUGUAAAUAACCACACAAAAAGAAUUAUACUUAAAAUCAAAUGCGAAUAAGAAAAGCGAUUUACAAAUACAAAUAAGAAACCAAAAGAGGAUAACGCAAAGUAAGCAAGUAAGUUGUACGCCAAUUCGCAUCGUUGCAUCAGAAGACUUUAGUUUGAAAUUUAGCAAUCAGAAUCUACAUACAUAAAUACAUCAUAAUAACGGUAGCAAAAUUAAACUGACUAAUAGAAAACACUCACUCAAUAUACAAUUCUCUAUAUUUUAUAGCAAAUGCUGGCAUUAGUGUCCAAAAAAUUUAUUAGUUAUGGUGAAAAGGCAUUGCGGAACUGAACUUAAUGUGGCAGCUGAGCAUUGUGAAAAUAGGCAAAACAAAAGUUAAACAUUAAUGUUAUCCAAAAAAUAACUAAAUUAAAAAUUGUUUUUUGUUAAAAAGCUACUACUUAAACUUAACGAACUUAGAUAUUGACAAGUAUUCACGAUAUUACAUGCAUGUAUCUUGGUCUUAGCUUUUUCGAAUAAAAAAUGCAUUUCUUUUAAAUAAUUUGGCAUGAAAAUUUGCGAACUACAAUAAAUUACAGAAAUGCAUUCCAAAAUACGACAUAUGUAUAUAAUAUUUACAGUGACCGUAACAGUUACAACUUUUAUUUCAAAAAUCGUUCUUCAA